UGUACUACAUACUGGUGGUGCCGCUGUCACUGCCAGUGAUUCUUCUGCUCCUGUACACCAGGUGGCUUGGCUGGGAACUUUACACCAAUAACUGAUAUUUUGUAAGAUGUGGAGAACCUGGAAGAUAAUGAUACAGCAGAUGGCUACUUAAUGAAACACUUCUUGCCUCUCAGAUCCUCCCUUGUGUAUUUGAAUGUUAAUAAGAGUUAUUAUUGUUCCUGUUCUUGGCAUGAGUUUCUUCCUUGUGCUGCACCUGCUGUGAGGCCAAUGGGAGAAUCCUAGUCAGCAUGGCAGAGCGUCUGACAGUGACCUCAGCAGUUGAAAAUGUUGCUAUACCAGUAGAACAGACAUUGCCAGUAUCUUUAGAUCGUCUGUCUCUGCCUAGAGUCAAGGCUCCUAAAAGCACUGUCAGAAAGUCCAUUCCAAUUCCUCUGACAGAAUCAUCACUAGAAGAAGACUUAGAAAGUGUCCAGACCCCUCUUCCUUCUCUGAUGUCUUCUGGACUCUGUCAUGUGUCAGCCAUGCCCUCUCAGAUGGGAGGGCAUGGCUGUGAGUCAGAGAAGAUGAAAUGUACCACUCCAGAGGGCCAUUUUAAGGUGCCAGAGAGGCAGAUGGACAAAAGUGAUGGCCUUGGGAGAGGUCUAAGCAGUGCUGAUGGAGGCUGCGAGGAUGAGCCUGGGGGAGUGUUGACGGCAUUAGGAGGUGGAGGAUCAGUGGAUUCCAGCACAAUAGUCAUUGGUGAGGGCAUGACAGGCUGCGUUGUAGUGGACCUGCAGGGAAACAUGGUUGUCCAGGAGCACAGUGCAGACCAGACCUCUGCUGGACCUUAUCUGGUGGAAGAACAACUCUUGGUCCAAGUCACCCAAGAGGCCCAACACCAACAGGCAGAACUGGCAAAUAACACUAGAGUAUAUGCAGGAGGACCUCAGUACAUGAGGGGGAAUGCAGUUGAUCCAAUUUUUAGUGACCUUCAAAGAAAAGGCAUGAACAAGAAACAGGUAAUGGAUAAGAAGGAAGAGUUUGCAGCCAAGACUGCCUGCAAAGCAUUGCAGAGCCAGCCGAACUUCGAAUCACGAUGGAAUUUCCGAGAGGUGCUGGUGAAGCCAGAGUGCCCCUUGAUAUCCCUGGGUGAAAUACCUGAGGAAGAAUUUCUAGGAGAGGAAGACAGUGAGAAUGAAGAACAAGGAAGACCAAGGAGGAAGUCAGCAAAGAAGGCAAGACUGAGAUGGAAAAACAUUCAUGAAGUAGAUGACAUUGGAAAAUUGAAAACCAAGAAACCAAAAAGAUUGCAGAUGCAGCCAAGAGAGAAAGGAAACUGCAUGUUAGAAAAAGUCAUGCCCUCAAUACCCAAAGAACCGGGGCCCAGUACACUUCCCUUGUGGGCGCAGCGGCUAACCUCAGUGCGCCUGGUGGAUGACAUGUGGGUUGUGGGUGUGGCCUCCAGCAGCUCUGUCCUGCAUCAGACUCUCGAAGGUCACUCGCGCAGUGUUCUGUGUGACUACAUCAAAAGCCAUCCAAGCAGCUUGGAACAGCGACAUCGCACGCGAGCACAAGUGAGCCGCAUAAUGUGGCAUCACCAGAGAAUUAUGUUCGAUGGCGUUCCUUUUACCAUUGUAUCCUCCGAUGAUCUGAAGUGCGCUUUUGGCAUGAACUAUAAGAUUAAGAGAAAAGGCACCGAUUCCACAGCUGAAGGGAAAUUAGCAACCAAUAAAGUGGAGGAGGAGUUUGUUGAGGAAGAACCUCUAGGAAGCUGUGCAGAGUUGAAGGAGGGAGGAGGGGGAGGGCAGCCAGGGAAAGAACAGGUCACAAAAAUUGCAGACACAAAUAGCCAGCCAAAGAAGAGGUACAAAGAUGUGACAUAUACCUCUUGCACUGCCAGGAUUACUGUCAAAGUCAUUGUCAAGUAUCCUGGCUAUGCAGUAUCCCCAAGUGCGACUGCCAAGGAGCGAAAGGUGAUGCUGAAGACCCUGCGAAGAGACAUAGAGCAGGGUCUAGCACUAGAGAAGGAGGAGCUGUACCACGUAACAAUGCCCCUCAGUUCCGUCCACAAUCACCCACUACAGGGCAAGUCACGGGGUGUCCACCCCUCCAUCACCAACAAGAUCAAGGAGCUUGUCUCAAAGGGAAUCACAGCCCCCAAGGUUAUAAAGGGUCUCCUCGAUGAUCAUGUGAAGAAGCAGCACUUUGAGGACAUGGUUGUUCCCCAUGAUGAUGAUAGGGCAUAUUAUCCUCGGCUCAAAGACAUUGCAAAUCUUGUUUAUACUCAGUGCAAGAAAAUGGGCAUUUCAGCAAAGAGGAAGGCAGUGCAAGAGCAGCCAGCUCUGGACACGACUCAGAAGAAGAGAAAGAAGCAUAAGAAAGCUCGAGUUGAAGAUGAAAAUGAAGCAGAGGGAUCAGAUAAUGUGAUUGGAGACAGCAUGCCUUUGCAGGCCUCGACUCUCCAGGAAGCAGUUCAAACAUUUUGUACAGAUGAUCCUGACAGAGGGGGUAGCAUGGGAGGAGUGGGUGAACGAGAGUGUUUACCGCCUGAAAAUCUAACAAGAGACAACUCAGGAGAAGUGACCAGCUUGGCUGAGGUUGUGCGUGGGCAGCUUGACACCCUUCGCAGUCUGACAUACUCGAUAACAGAGGCUGGUCCUUUGCAGGAAAUAUGUCAGUCCCUCCAAAUGGUCCUCAAUCAGUACAUGGGGAACAGCCACCAUAGUCUUCCUCUCCCUGAAGGAAUGAGUGAGGCCUCAGGCACUGCCACAGCCUUCAUCAUCCAGGAACCUAUGGUAAGCCAGUUAUCAUCCUCAGCUUCUCCUGCCCAGACUGUCCCAGAGACGACAGCAGACCAUCUUGAGAUACCUGAGAGGGAUGCAAGUGGAUCUGGCAUCACAGUUAAGGCACGCAGUGCACAUAGCAUUGGAAGUCAGCAGGUGCGGCAGCUGAGACCCCCUGUGGCCCUUCAGUGCCUUACAACUAGCAUGGUGCCAACUCUGGCUGUGUCCCAGCUACCUAGAGCCUCCACCCAGACCCCACAUCAGACGCACACUCAUACGCACAUCAUGACAUCGCUGCCCACACACAAUGCCCCAGCUCCAGCAACCCCAUUACAUCCCCCUACAUACCAGACUCUGGGACCGGCUGCUUCCCAAGAAGGUUCCCCAGCUCAGGUUCACGUGUCUUUGCCACCCUAUUUCUACUACGUGCAGGAGGUGACAGUUCCUGAGACAAGCCAAAGCUGGACGUACACCAGCUCUUCAUAGAGAUGUGAGAGGCAUAUGCUAAAGGUAUUUAUUACAGCAAGAGAAGAAUGUGGAAUUGAUACAAACAUUUUGUCUUUCUCUAAUUAGUCAAUAUGAUGACAUGAAAGUAUGUGCUUCUGUAAUGAGAAUAUAUGAAAAUUCAAUAUUACGGGUUCAUGGCCUCCUUACACGCAGAAGAACUAUUGUACUUCAUGUAAGCGUGAAUUAGUUGUUUCUUCAAAUUGUCCCAGUUCCUGUGAAAUGUAAGUAAUAUCAAAAUUUUUACUUUCUCCAUUUAUAGUAUUUUUUAGAAACUUCAUAUUUUAUUACCAGUAAGGGUUUUAAAGACUUUUUUGAAUGAGUGAAUGGGUAUUGUCCAUUUUUUGUAUCUAUGCCUAGAAGCAAGAGUCCAAGACAAAUUCCAGUUUUUAAGUUUAUAUCAAUUCCAGCUCUUUAGGACAGCUAUUUUUCAGCAGUUACUAUCCCUUUAGAGUACUCUUUAAGUUUAAAAGUAAUUUAUUAGUAAUUAUUUAUUUAUACAAUAAUUGUUUUUUCCCCCUAGGAUUUUGGGGAGUCAAACAAUGCAUGUUGAAGUAGAUUUUCUAGUUGUAACUUUUCAGAAUUGGAUGUGUGUCACUACUACACUUGUCCAUUAGUUGAUUUAUGGACUGCCUCAGUUAAUUAAUUUUUUUUUUCCUUCACUUUUCAUCUUUUUUACAUUAACAUGUGUUGACUAUAGAUGUUAGAUGUCUUCAGUCUUUUUUCAUAUCACUUUUAUAAUGGCUACUUAGUUCAGUAUUAUGAUAGGGUAUGACCAUGUGUUGCAUUAUGCAAGUUGAACCUCACGAGUCCAGUAAGCAUGGGACCAAAUAGGUGCUGAAGCAGUGGAAAAUGUAAGAUAAAACAGCUUAUACAAAUCUAUUUCAUUCUUACUGCACAGGCUGACUGUCCUAUGACACAGCUUGUCUGAUUGUGGACUCUUUCCCAAGCCAUUGAAGCUGCUGCUCUAGUGAAGUUCAAUCUGUUACUAUUUUUGCUUUUUCUGUUCCAUAAUGUAAAAAUAUACUUCCAUAUCUUUUCCAUAUCUUAACAUUGACAUUUUUGGAAUGUAGUGAUGUGUUUCUGGUCCAUCCAGAAAAUGUACAUUAUCCAUUUUUUUCUCUAUAAUACAAAAGAUUUGACCAGUGUAUAGAAGAAACCAAAGACUUAUUUCAUAUUUUAUACAUUUCUUUAGGUGUGACUGCUGUAUCAUUUUUUUACAUAAUUUUUUUUUUUCUUUUCCUUCUUUUUUUCUUUUUUUCUUUUUUUUUUCUUGUGAAGAAACUUCAAUUUCCAGGCCAAGUGUCCAGCAUAUAUGAUGAGAAUUGUUUCACCAUAAACUGAUUUCUUUGAAUGUGGGCAAAAAUUAUGACAUGGUAGGAAUGUUUUUUUUUUUUUUCUGUGGAAUUAUUCAAACGCUGAAGAGUAUGUGAUAUUCAUUACAAAGUGUCAGGGUU